AAAUGGUUUUGUAGAUUCCAUUUGAGCCGCCCACAUCAAUUUCAAUUUCAAUUUUCUUUUAUUUUAUUGAACCACAUCAUCAUUCACCACCACCACAAUUUCUCUCUUCCACUUGGACUUGGAGUUCUUCUGCAUUUCUGUUUUCCUCUCUCUCCUCUCGCCGAUUUCCAGACUCGGAACUCGGAACAAGAUUUCAACAUGCCUCCGAUUGCUUCUCCACUCCGCCGGAUUCUCACCUAGAUAUUGCACCACGUAUCUACUAUUCUGCUACUGUUGUGUCCAACAAUGCAUGUGAAUUGAUGGAGAAGCUUCUUUUCAAUGAAAUUGGUCGGGAACUGUCUUAUAAGAUGUACUACUUUCAGGGUUCAUGAAGCUGAAUGAGUUCUCACCAAGGAGCAUAAGGAGCUCCAAAGAUCUCUGCAUAUCAAUAUUACUCAUUGUUAUCAACGGGUUCUAUCCAAGAAACGUCAUCAGAUAUAUUAGGAAUUGAUUAAAAAAUAUUGCUGCAUUUCUUGGAAGAUCGGGGGUUGUUAGUACAUACAGCAAUGGAUAGAUCAGACACGUCAGGCUUUGUAAGCGGUGGAGGUAGUAGUAACCUGUUAGAAUCUGCUUGCUUGUUUACUAGGAAUUGAUAUGUAUAUCUGCUUUUAGUAUUCUUCAAAUCGCCUUGGCUAGAUUAUCCAGUUAGUUUAGACUUCAGUGCAUAGAGAAUGGAUUUGAACAAGACUGCUGCACAUUAUUCGCAAAGUGGUGAUCUCACAAAAGAUGACAACUUGGGUGAUACUACUCUAAGCUUGAAUUGUUUUGGUUUUGGAGGAAGAAAAUCGUCUAGAUGUGAGGUUGGUCUUAGUGACCUGAAUUUUAACUUCAGUUAUGCUCCAGAUGACGGUUGCAGAUUGGUACUUGGACUGGGUCCAACUCCUAGUGCUAAUUGUGAUGAUUAUUACAAUGUUGGAUAUAAGAACAAAUCAUUAGUUACAUCUCUACCAGAGGAAAUAUCGUCGAGUGAUUCAAUUUUGCAGCUUGGUCUUUCUGGAGGGACUAAUGAAGCUUCAAGCGUGGUUGAAUGUUUAGUUUCAGCAGAAACUGACGUCAGUGCAUCUUAUCUGAUGAACCAAUGGGCUGCUGAGGCUAAUCAAAUGUCUAUCCCACUAGUCGAUGAGGGUUCUACCUCAGCAAAAAAAUCAGGUGGGUAUAUGCCAUCACUACUUUUUGCACCAAGAAUGGAUACUUCAAAGGUUCUGGUUCAGCAGGAGCUUCAUGAAACUGCUACUGGAAACAAGCUGAGCCAAGAAGUAUCACCUGCCGUGGAAUAUUCCUUAGAAACUAUAAUUGACCAGGCAACCAAAUGUCUGUAUUCAGAUCAUCAGCCAAGCAAUCCUAAAAGGUGCAAAUACAUGGGCUGCGGAAAGGGCGCGCGAGGGGCAUCUGGUCUUUGUAUUGGUCAUGGAGGUGGACAUAGAUGCCAGAAACCUGGUUGCAAUAAGGGUGCUGAGAGUCGUACUGCUUACUGUAAAGCUCAUGGUGGAGGUAGGAGAUGCCAAUAUUUGGGGUGCACUAAAAGUGCCGAGGGGAAGACAGAUUUUUGCAUAGCCCAUGGUGGUGGUAGGCGUUGCGGAUAUCCAGGAGGGUGUGUCAAGGCUGCGCGCGGCAAGUCGGGCCUUUGUAUCAGACAUGGUGGGGGGAAAAGAUGUAAGAUGGAAGGCUGCACCCGUAGUGCUGAAGGACAAGCUGGUCUGUGCAUCUCUCAUGGCGGUGGACGCCGUUGCCAGCAUGAAAGAUGCACAAAGGGCGCACAAGGAAGUACUAUGUAUUGUAAGGCCCAUGGGGGAGGGAAGCGAUGUAUAUUUGCCGGUUGCACCAAAGGUGCUGAAGGGAGUACUCCCCUUUGCAAGGGGCAUGGUGGAGGAAAGCGCUGCCUGUUUGAUGGUGGUGGGAUUUGCCCAAAAAGUGUACAUGGGGGCACAAACUUUUGCGUCGCUCAUGGUGGUGGAAAGAGGUGCACAGUGCCAGGAUGCACAAAAAGUGCCCGUGGGCGUACUGAUUGCUGUGUGAGGCACGGUGGAGGGAAACGGUGCAAAUUUGACAACUGCGGGAAAAGUGCUCAAGGGAGCACAGACUUCUGCAAGGCCCAUGGGGGUGGAAAAAGAUGCAGCUGGGGAGGAGAGGGCAAGUGCGAAAAAUUUGCUAGGGGUAAGAGUGGCUUAUGUGCUGCUCAUAGUAGCAUGAUCCAGGAUCGAGAAACGAACAAGGGAAGCUUGAUCGGACCGGGACUGUUCCAUGGCCUUGUGUCUGCCUCUGCUUGUACAGGUGGAAGUAGCAGCCUGGACAACCAUAAUUCUUCUUCUGGAAUCAGUUUCAUAUGCGACUCAACCGAUUCAGCCCCUAAGCGACAUCGGCUUAUACCACCACAGGUAUUGGUUCCAUCUUCAAUGAAGUCGUCGUCGUCAUAUUCUAGUUUUGUGAGUAGAGAGAUGGUAGAGGAAGAUGAAGAUGGGAAUAAUGGUGGGUAUGGCAAUGGCGGCAUAAAAAGCCUUGAAUAUUCAAUUCCUGAGGGGAGGGUGCAUGGAGGUGGUCUCAUGUCCUUGCUCGGUGGGCAUCUGAAGAAUAAUAAUAAAUAAUGCCAUUUAAAAAUCAGGUACUUCGGAAUUUUAAUAACGUAUUGGAAUCGUGUACAUACAUACUUCAGUUGGGUGUCUGUGAAUUGUAUUAAUUAUUAGGUUUUUAGUGGUUCUAUAUUGUGGUUUUGUAUAUUAUGUGCAUGGACAUGAAGUCAUAGACAUUUUUGUUUUAUUUGUAACGAAAUGAGUCUUAUGAUGAAAUUUAUUUUCUAUAAUUAUCUACAAAA